UCACACCGCAGUUCACUUUUACGCAGAGGAGAUGAGCGCUCGGAUUGUGAAAUCCAACCCCGCCAUGAAACUGAUAGUGCUCUUCACAGCUUCUCUGUCCUGGGCCUUCCAGCAGCAGGCCAUACCGCCAAAGUACCAGUAUCGCGACCCUGUGACAUCUGACCUCCUUCUGUGUGACCAGUGCCCUCCUGGCACAGCCGUGAAGCAACACUGCACCGCUGACACACCCACAGAGUGUCAGCCCUGUCCUGAGAGGCAUUUUGCUGAGAACUGGCACUGGGGCGAUACGUGCCAAUACUGCACCUCGGUGUGUAAAGAGAAGCAGUUAGUGAAGCAGAACUGUAACAGCACCCAUGACCAGCUGUGUGAGUGUGCUCCAGGUUUCCACCUAGUGGUGGAGUUCUGCAUCACACACAGCACCUGUCCACCUGGCUACGGAGUGACAGCUUUAGGUACACCCGUGAGUGACACUGUUUGUGAGCAAUGUCCCGCUGGUCAUUUCUCCACCGGCGGCUCCUCCACCGAGCCGUGUCAACCGCACACAAACUGCUCUGAUUUGGGCCACAAGACACUGAGAUGGGGCACGUCCACUUCAGACAGCCAAUGUCAGGACAAGACGGCAACACUGGAGUGCUCUCAGCAUCACACUUUGUGCCACACUGAUGUGACCCUGUGUGAGGAGGCAGUCUUCCAGAAUCUAGCCUCGCUGCGACUGUCCUCGGUGCCCCUGGAGCGACUGAUGGAGAGUCUUCCGGGGCGCAGGGUGGAUCGUAAGAGCCUGGAGAGGCUGAAGAAGGCCUGCUCUCCUCAGCAGCAGGUCCACCACCUGCUGCGACUGUGGAAGGAGCAGAACAAAGACCAGGACAAGCUGUACGGCAUCAUUCAAGGUGUGAAUCACUGUGAGAGGAAGGUCUCCCGCUGCAACGGCCUGAAGAACCUGACCCUGGAUGACCUCCUGAAGGUCACCCACAGCCUGCCAGGGGUGAAAGUAAAGCAGGAGGACAUCCGGGCCGUGGUCUCCACCUGCCUGCCCAGACAGUACAUCCUGGAGCUUCUUCACCUCUGGAAGACAGCAAACUACGAGCUGGAUCUAGCCAAAGGUCUGUCUCACAGUCUGAGGGUGCUGCGCAGCCAGGGGGCGCCACGCUAUCUGCUGAAAGGCCUGAAGAAGAUCAGCCGCAUCAUAGGAGCAACCUCCACACACAAGAUGUAUGAGAAGAUGUUUGUCAAUAUGCUUCAGGAUGAGUUGUGUUUUAAGGCUCAUAAGCCAUUAAAUGAAUAAGGAAAUGGGAGGUACAAAUCGGAAAGACACUAAUACAUUGUCAAAAAGUCGACACACAAACGCGUAAAGACGAAGUGAACAGGGGGAUAAAUGUAUGUGAAAGAGUAACAGACAGGGGCCACAUGAUAAUGUCAGGUCUUUAAGAUAUCACCAAAUGGUAUCAAGCUAUGCACAUGGAGCCUAGAGGUAUUUUGUCAUAAAGGCAAGAUGGGAAGAUAAAUUCUUCUUCCUGUCUCUGAUUUUUCUACGCCAGAGUAAGAAGGUUUUGAUUAUAUGAUGUAAUAAGGGAAGCUCAUAACUUCACCCCGAGUGUACAGUACCUGUCUGCAGUAAUGAAUCUGAUAAGCCUUAAAAUAAAGAAAAACACUAUCACACAUCUGUGUACUCCAGGCAGACCUAAACAAAAAGUUAAAAAAAAAAAAAUGUUUCCUGGAAACUUUUUGACCGGAGUCUGUGAAAAAAAGAGAAAAUAUUUAAGAUGUAAAUAGCACACUAUUUUAUGGAAGAUGGGCUGGCAGAUGUUGUGUUGUUAUUGUUGUUGCUUUCUCGCUGUUUGAGAGGAAGGAUUUGGUUUCAUAAUGAAAUACAUGUAUUUUCUACAGUUUUCCUUUUGUUUGUUGGUUUGCUCUGGACUGCUGGCAAGUAAAGCUCAUCUGAUUUUUUUUUUUUUUAUAUAUAUAUAUAUAUAUAUAAAUUGUCAGCUUUAUGAAUGUACAAAGGAGUGCAAUUGUUUUCUAUUUAAAAAAAAUAGUUUUACUUUCUGAAUAUGUAAAGGCUUGUUUUUAUUACUUCAUCAGAAAUACUGGAUUCCAAAUGCUGCAAGUUCAUGAGGUGAUAUUUGUUUUAUAUUUUGUUUUAUUACUUUUAUAUUAUUAAGUGUAUUAUCUUUAUUGUAUAUAUGCUUGACUGGUCCUCUUUAAGCUCGUGUAACUUGCGAACACUCACGUCUGAUUAAAAUCAGUUUGUAAAAAUGCAUUGUCUUCAUAAAUAAGUAACUGGCAGACAGAUGAAUGGUCGACUUUGGUCUUUUCUGCUGUGAUUGAACAGAAAAACUAAACAGGUUCAAUUUCUUUCUUUAAUGUUUUGCUUUUGUCUUUUAAUGUUGUAAACAAUAUUAGCUAACAGGACUCAUUACCGCCAGCCACUGGUCAGGAGCUAAUAAA